AUGGAAAUUGUUUCUUCAAUUGUCGGUUCAAUUGCCGAGAACAUUUCUAGCCGCCUGUUCGAUGCAGGUGGCCGUCAGAUUGGUUACCUACUUAACUCCAGUGACAACAUUGAAGCAUUAAGGAAGCAAGCUCAGAAACUCGAGGCUACUAGAGGCACCAUACAAGUGAGGAUUGAUGCUGCUGAAAGAAACAGAGAAAUUAUCUUACCUGAUGUCAAAAACUGGAUAUCGGAAGUUGAUAAUGUCUCUGUACAAGCUGAAAAAUUUCUGGAAGAUGAAGUCAAUGCGAACAAGAGGUGCUUUAAAGGGUGGUGCAUUGAUCUCAGAUCACGUUAUCGGUUCAGCAAGGCUGCAAAGCAGAAGGUAGUGGUGAUCAUUCAGCUUCAAGAUGAUGGAAAAUUCCAAACUGUGUCUCAGCCUGCUCCUCCUCCUCAGGGCAUUAUCUUUCCUGCUGUGGGAUUUUCUGGAAUUUUUGAAUCUAGAGAAUCAAUCAAGAAUGAAAUUAUGGAGGCCCUAAAAGAUGACAAGGUCAGCAUAGUGGGAAUAUGUGGGAUGGGGAGUGUGGGUAAAACCACACUGGUGAAAAAAAUUGCCAAACAUGCCAAAGAAGAAAAAAUGUAUGAUUUAGUUGUUAUGGUGGUUGUGUCCCAGACCCCAAGUAUCGUGAAUAUUCAAAAAGAAAUUGCUUACAGGUUAGGUCUGACAUCAUUGUCAAACUCUCCUAAAUCAGCAAGAGCAAGUUUGCUGUGGGAGAGAAUUGAGAAGGAGAAACGAAUCCUCAUAAUAUUGGACGACCUGUGGGAAAGAAUUCAAUUGGAGGAGAUCGGUAUUCCUUUCGGGAAGGACCAUGGAGGUUGUAAGAUUGUGCUUACCUCUCGAAGCAAAAACGUGUGCGAUCAAAUGGACUGUGACAAGACAUCUAUUGUUGGAACUUUGUCAAAACAGGAGUCUUGGGCGCUAUUCAAGGAGCUUGUUGGGAUGGAUGUUGAAAAUUCUAUUAUAAGCCCAAUAGCAAGAGAGGUAGCAGCUGAAUGUGAUGGCCUGCCGAUUGCAAUUGUUACCAUAGCAAGAGCGUUGAAGAACAAAGACAAGCAUGUGUGGAUCGACGUGGCACGACAACUCAAAACGUCUACCCCAACAGACAUCCCAGGGUUGCAAGGAAGUGUGAUUUCAUCUUUGGAGUUGAGCAUCAAAUAUCUAGAGAAUGAGGAUGCGAAAUCAUUAUUCUUCUUCUGUAGCUCAUUUCCAGAGGAUUUCAGAAUUUCAAUUGAAGUUUUAGUGAGAUAUGGAGCUGGUUUGAGGUGGUUAAAAAAUGUUGACACAAUGGACCAUGUUAGACACAGAGGACAUGCUAUUGUAAGUUCCCUUAUCUUUUCUUUUCUCUUGAUUCAUGAAAAAGAUGACUAUGAUGAUAAGGAGUAUAUUAAAAUGCAUGAUGUUGUAGGUGAUGUUGCACAUAUAAUAGCACCUAAGUUCAACCAAAUAUUCUUGGUGAAAGCUGGCAUUGGUUUGGAACAGUGGCCAGAAAGAGAUACAUUUGAAAGUCUCACAUGUAUCUCAUUGAUGUCAAAUAAUAUUAAAGUUGUACCUAAUGGGAUUGAAUGCCCAAAGUUGCAGUCUUUACUAUUGCAAAAGAAUCUCAAAUUGGUUCUCCCUAACAAUUUCUUUCAAGGCAUGAAAGAUCUUAGAGUUCUAGACUUGAGUGGAACUCUAAUUCGAUCACCACUACCCAGCUCACUUUCUUUGCUUGUAAAUCUUAGAACACAGUAUCUUAAUGAUUGUUAUUUGGAUGAGUUAUCUAUAAUUGGGCAUCUAAGAAACCUAGAAAUUCUUAGCCUUUGUGGUUCUAAGAUUUCGGAGAUUCCCAUCUCUUUUAGCCAAUUAAUUCAUCUACGCCUAUUAGAUUUGAACAACUAUAUAGAGCUAACGCAAAUAGCAGAUGGCGUUAUAUCUGCUCUUUGUAAGUUAGAGGAGCUAUAUAAUUUGAGACAUCCUAGGUCUGCGGCUUUUGAAGAUCAGUGGCAUUGGACAAGAAGUGCCACCCUUACCGAGUUACAAUACUUGUCUAGAUUAACUAGCUUGAAAAUUUUUAUCCCAAACCAGGAUCUUUUGCCUGACAAUGACAUGCCUUUCAAAAAGUUAUCAAGCUUUACAAUAAUAAUAGGUGCUGAAAACAAUAUGGAGGACUUUUUGCGGACUAAAAGAUAUUAUUCAAGAAAAAUUAUGAUCUCAGCUAAUGAGGUUACGAUUUUACGAUUGGUUAAUUGCCUUAAUCAUUUGGUAACUAGAAAAACAGAGUGUCUAUUUAUCUGUGGUUUACAAAACAUCUUUCUUGACCUUGUAGAUACAGGUCUCAAUGAGUUGAAAAGUCUAACUGUGACUCAUCAGGACGUAACAUAUCUCCUAAAUAUGUUGGAAAGGGAAUCAAAGUUAACAUUCCAAAACUUAGAGGAACUAGAAAUCCGAGACCAUCCCAACUUGGUUGAAAUAUGCCAUGAAUCUUUUAAAGUACAUAAUUGUGAAGCAGUGGUAUAUAUAUUCGAUUGUGAAGAGCUUAAGGUUGCAAAUGGAGAAACAAAGUUGCUCUCGUCAUUAAAGGAUCUAGAUUUGUAUCAUCUACCAGAGAUGACACAUAUAUGGAAGGGUGACACUCAAUACAUAGACCUCUGCAACUUGAAUAGAAUAAGUGUGCAAAGAUGUCCAAAGUUAAUUAAACUAUUUUCUCCAGUGUUAUUGCGAAGUCUUAUUAGUUUGGAAGAAAUAGAGAUAAUUUAUUGCGAGAAUUUAGAGGAGAUCUUCAUCUUUGGGAUGAAAGAAGAAGAGGAAUAUGAGGAAAGGGGUAUAGUACCAUGGAGGAAAGAUCACACCACAACCUCCCUAAGUUUGGGAAACUUGACUUCUAUAGGAAUAACGGACUGCUCUAAAUUGAAAAACCUCUUCACCCCAUCCAUAGUCAAAAGCCUGGUGAACCUUAGACAACUUGAAAUAGCUAGUUGCUCAACACUACAUGAAAUAAUCACAAAUGAGGAAGCAUCAGCAGUACAGAGGAUUGUGUUUCCUAGUUUGUCCUCCUUGUUGAUUAGAUGGCUAGAUAACAUUGCUUGUUUUAGCUCAGACCCAUAUUCUAUUGAAUUCCCAGUUUUGGAGACACUCAGGAUAUAUAGAUGUCCAAAUAUGAAGAUCUUUGGUUAUGGAGAACAACUGACACCAAAACUUAACAAAGUUUUGAUUGAUGGUUAUGGUGAAGAAGAACGAUGGAUGGGUGACCUUAACUCCACAGUGCAACAAUUGUGCCUAGAAGAGGAAAUGGAAAAGAAUAAGAAGCAAGACGCAGAGAAGUCAUCAGGACUACCUGAAAAUAUGGAUCCUUACCAUAAUCACAACAUAUAUAGUUUGCUUAGAUUCAUGUCAGAAAAUUGUGAUGGAAGAUUCAUGGGAAAGCAGAGCAUCGAAUGGUACGUCAAAUAUUGGAAGCAGAUAACAAAGCAUAGAAUGUUCAAAACCUUGAGAACAGAUCAUGAUGAUCUGGUUCUGAAAAUGAAGCAACAAAAUGAUAUUUCUGCUAACAAGAGGACUACUUGUAAUGAUGUGCCAGUAAAAAGGAAAAAGGAAGGAGAGGAGAAGAGGAUGACCCAAGAAGAGAUGCUUCUGGAAGCAGCUCAGACAGAGUUCAUGAAAUUGAGGAACUUAGAAUGUAAUUUAGUGGGAGAGGAGGAAGUUAAGAAAAGAGCACUAGUACACAAAGCUGUCUAUGGUGGCCCACAGAUACGAUAUUUGUCAAAUGAUGAUUAUUCAUAUCUAGAAUUCAGUAAAGGCGCAUCCUCUCAGUCAGAGAUCUCAACCACGUCUGUUCCUUAUCCAGGGAAGGCUGUCUGUGCAGUGACCGAAUUGCCUGCUAGGUUAUGGGAUUGCAAGAAUUUAGAGGAGAUCUUCAUCUUCGGGACGAAAGAAGAAGAGGAAUAUGAGGAAAAGGGUAUAGCACCAUGGAGGAAAGAUCACACCACAACCUCCCCAAGUUUGGGAAACUUGACUUCUAUAGACAUAAUGAGUAGCUCUAAAGUGAAAAACCUCUUCAGCCCGUCCUUAGUCAAUAGACUGGUGAAGCUUAGAAGCCUUUGCAUAGUUGGAUGCUCAACACUACAUGAAAUAAUCACAAAUGAGGAAACAUCAGCAAUACAGAGGAUUGUAUUUCCUAGUUUGUCGUCUUUGCGCCUUGGAGGUCUCGAUAACAUUGUUUAUUUCAGCUCAGGCUCAUAUUCUAUUGAAUUCCCAGCUUUGGAGUCUCUUUGGAUUUAUGAAUGUCCAAAUAUGAAGAUCUUUGGUUAUGGAGAACAAUUGACACCAAAACUCAACAAAGUUAUUAUUGAUUAUCAUGAUAAAGAAGAACGGUGGAGGGGUAACCUUAACUCCACAUUGCAACAGUUGUUCAUAUAA